AUGAAGUCGUUAAAGUCCUACCUGGCCUCGGCCAGUUUGCUCUUCGCGAGCACGGUAUCCGCUCAGUUCCGGUACUGCCCCAUCGAUCGCGAGUUCUGCAUGUCCGUCGCCGUUCCUCAGGUAUCGGCCCAGUCCGGCUCCGGCAACCUUUACUUCCAGAUGGAGGCCCUAGACACCUACACCUGGGUCGCCGUCGGCACCGGCUCCUUCAUGUCCGGCUCCAACAUCUUCGUCCUCUACCAGGACGGCAACGGCAACGUCACCGUGAGCACCCGCUCCGGCACGGGCGCAGCAUGCCCGCUUCCAGAGCGACACCCAGAUCGAGGUCCUUGCCGGCUCCGGCGUCUCGGGCGGCGUCAUGCGCGCCAACGUCCUGUGCCGCAACUGCGAGUCGUGGAGGGGCGGCUCCAUGGACCUGUCCUCCACCUCCUCGCCCUGGAUCGCUGCCUGGAGGCCCGGAAACCCCUCAACACCGCCGACACCAACGCCGCCAUUGCGCAGCACGCCGACUUUGACCAGGUCAGGAUUGAUCUCACGCAGGCGGCCGUCACCCUGGACGUCAACCCCUUCCUGACCGGCGGUACCACGGGCGGGACCGGAAACAACAACGGUAAUACUGGCAACACUGGUGGUAACACCGGAACGGGUACCGGCAACAAUGGCAACAACGUCGGCGGCGGCGGUAACCUUACUGGUGGAAACAGCGGCGCCGGCUCUGGCAACAGGACCGUGAACCUGGUCCGCGUCCACGGCAUCCUCAUGGCCCUCGCUUUCGUCGUUCUGUAUCCCAUCGGUGCGCUCCUGAUUCCUCUCGUCGGCAAGUGGUACAUUCACGCCGGCUGCCAAUCCGUGGCCUUUUUGGUGAUGUGGGCUGGUUUCGGCACCGGUUAUAUGAGGGCGAACGCUGGCGGCAUUCUCUUCAAACAAACCCACACCAUCCUCGGCGCCAUCGUCACCUUCGCCAUGGUCUUGCAGCCCGCCCUCGGCAUCCUCCACCACCGCUACUACAUGAAGCACAAGGCCCGCGCCGCCGUCAGCUACGUCCACAUCUGGUACGGCCGCGUCCUCUUGCUCGUCGGCGUCGUCAACGGCGGCAUCGGCCUGCGCAUGGCCGGCUCUCCCAGCCCCUUUGUCAUUGCCUACGCCGUGCUCGCCGCCGUCAUCGGCGCCGCCUACGUCGCCUCCACCCUCGUCGGUUCCAUGCGCAAGAGCAGGGAGUUCAGGAGAAGCAGCCCCGAGCGGCUCUUACUCCCCAAUUACUCCACCAGCGGCGGCGCCGGCGGCAACUACAAUGAGAGCAAUUAUAACGGCAACUACCCGAGGCGCGAGGACAUCCCCGUGCAGUUCCAGUUCGAGAGGAGGGGACCGCGGCGACCGCGGCGAUUAUCGUGGAGAUUAUAG